GAAGAGAUGCCGAGGCGACGGACGAAAGAUCAAGGAGGCACUGAAAACAAACAGCAGCUAAGUCGUGAAAUGCGGCGAAAGAAACUGGCCCUUUUUAUCCAACAGUUUGAGAAAGAAGCACAGGACCGCCUUAACGACCUGGAGUCCAGAAUGGAGGAUUUGCUGGCAACAACAGAUAAAUUGUUUAAAGUGGAGCUGAUGAAGAUGCCUCCUUCUCUUCAAAACACUCUUAUACGAGACCUGAUAAGUGAGGAAGAAGCCUCAGCCAGUGAUGCAUCUAUAGCCAUGAAGAGUGAGUCCCUUGAAAUGACUCCUCCCCUCAGGCGAAACCACAGCAGAAGAUUAAAGUCGGCAGAUACUCCCCCAGUGUGUUCCAGCUCAGGCCAGAGGUCUUCCACUAGGAAUCCAAAGGUUGUUAAGGGCACCAGAAGUACUAGAAACCUAGUUGGAAGCAACAGCACUGGAAACCUCGUAGGUUCCUCAGUGAUGACCAAACGAGCACAGACUCGGCUAACGAGUCGUCAAACUGCAGAGCAGGCGGUACAGAAGCAGACCACACCUAAACUCAGGUCAGUUAUGUCUGCUGGGGAUAUUUUUUGUUCAAAGGGAGGAGCUGCAGCUCACAUCUCUGUGACGACGGCGCAGGGACAGAUGUUGAGUUUUUCUGAAGAGACGAGGGAUGAAAUUAACUUGGACCUGCUUGAUGACGUCGCUUGGUGCCAGAUUAAAAAGCUUUCGGGUCUGAUGGAGUAUUUAUCACGGCACCAUCGCAUUCAUCAAUGAAUAAAGAUGAAUGGGCAUUUUAAUUUACCUGC